AUGAGAUUCAACGUUGAUUUGAUUUGUAUUCUCCUCAAGCAUGUGGGAGUGAUCCUUGGAAUGGAUUGGUUGUCAAGCCAUUAUGUUCUAUUGGAUUGUGCUCGUAAGUCUGUGAUAUUCCCAAACCCAAGUGUUUCUCGAUUCCUUGAUACCAAUAAAUUGAAGUUAUCUUUGAAAGGGGGAGUUCAAAAGUGUGUUUCCCUCAACUCAGUCAAUACGAAGCUAGAGGUGGAGGUAGACGGGAUACUUAUGGUCGAAGAUUUUCCAGAGGUAUUUUCGCCGGAUGUACCAAGAUUACCCCCAGUUCAUGAUACUGAAUUCUCAAUUGAUGUGACUCUGGGUACAAGACCUAUAUCUAUUGCCCCAUAUAGAAUGUCUCCAUCGAAAUUGUCAGAGUUGAAAAAUCAGUUGGAGGACCUUUUAUCUAAAUAG